AUGGAUCCCGAUUAUCACGCCAAAUUUGCAAUCCACGAGGCUACUCAUCUCUCCACACCCCGCAAGCAGCAUUGCGAUCUAACCAAACCACCAGUGGCUGAAGUUGAGUCCUUUCUCAACGCUAACCCGAAACUCGCGGCUCUAAAGGACGGUGACGAACGCCUGCCAGUUCACUGGGCAGCGGCGUACAAUCAAUUGCCUAUAGCUCGAUUGCUGGUGUCGCAGAAAGAUUUCGACCCUGAUGUUACUGAUUCUUCGGGAUGGACGCCGCUCAUGAUUGCUGCCAGCCUUAAGGAGGGUGAAGGCGAUCCAAUCCUCCAGCUCCUUUUGCAAAAAGGAGCAGAUGUGAAUGUUAAAAGUGUCACAGGCCAGAAUGCAAUGCACUUCGCAACGUCUAAGGGGAACACAGACAUUGUGCGCACGCUCCUUGCCAAUAAGUGCAGUGCCCGAGUUCGUGAUAAUCGCGGCCAGCUUGCCCUCCACCGUGCCGCAGCAAUUGGCUCGGUUCCGAUUCUUAACCUCCUGUUGGAAGAAGGGAAAAGCCCCCUGAAUGCAACAGAUAUGGACGGACUAACUGCAUUGCACCAUGCAAUCUCAGAAGGCCAUGGCGAAGCCGCAUUGGUGCUCUUGCGCGCCGGUGCGGAAGCGGAUAAAAAGGAUAGUGAGGGGAGGUUGGCCAUUGAGCUGGCUCCCGACAGCAAAGUUCGAAAAUUCAUCCUCCAAGCUGCCGAGCGGGAAGGAAUUGAACUACCCUAA